AUGGUGGCGGAGGGGGACAUUCCGAGCGGGACGUACCAGGUAUCGGCGUGGUGGGCGGGCGCGCGAAACGACGGGAAAGGGAACGCGCCGAGGUGCGACAGCGAGCGACAGCGCGGAUGCGAGGUGCGGUGCGAACUCACGGGAGAGGGUGAACUCGUGUGCGAAGGCAUCGAAAGCGGCACGUACGUCGUGGUCAACGUCGCGGAUCUCGACGAGGCGUGCGCGGUGACGUUUGACGGCGAGAGCAUCGAGUGCGAAGGCGCGGGAGAACCGUUGGUGAGCGAUACGGGUGAUCUGGACCUGAAAGAUUCGUCUCAACACGGCAUUCGCAUGGGAGGUUAA